AUGAUUCUUUUGCAGCAGGCAGGACUUCCUCCUCAUCCUCGUCCUGAGAAGCCUUCAUCUCCUCCUAUGUCAGUGGCCACAAGGCCAAGAGCCAACUCACCACUGUCCCCACAGAAACCGUUUGGACUGGGGCCUUCCUUGCAGCACUCACAAGAAGAGGAGCUUGCAAAGGAUCCUGUGCUGGAGGAACUAUGUAAGCCCCUGUGUUGUAAACUUUGCAAUGUCACUCUGAAUUCAGCACAGCAAGCCCAGGCGCAUUACCAGGGUAAAAACCAUAGUAAGAAGCUUCGGAAUUACUAUGCUGCAAAUAGUUGCCCAGCUCCCGCCAGAAUGAGCAAUUCAGUGGAGCCUGCCAUGCCUCAGAUUGUCUCCCAUCCGGCUCAGAUGGGCGCCUCUAAACCAGGAGGUCGAGUGAUCUUGGCCACAGAGAAUGAUUACUGCAAGCUUUGUGAUGCCUCAUUUAGUUCCCCGGCUGUGGCCCAGGCUCACUACCAAGGAAAGAAUCACGCCAAGAGGCUACGCCUGGCAGAAGCACAGAACAACUCAUUCUCGGAUACAUCAGAACUGGGCAAACGGAGGGCACGGAAAGAAGGGAACGACUAUAAGAUGAUGCAGAAUAGAAGAAAUGUGUAUGCGGUUCAGAACAGUACAGGUCCCUACUUCAAUCCACGCUCCCGCCAGCGAAUUCCUCGUGAUCUCGCCAUGUGUGUCACCCCAAGUGGCCAGUACUACUGUUCCAUGUGCAAUGCCGGGGCUAGCGAAGAGAUGGAGUUCCGACAACAUUUAGAAAGCAAACAGCACAAAAGCAAGGUGUCUGAACAGCGGUAUAGGAAUGAGAUGGAGAAUCUUGGCUAUGUACAAUGA